AUGCCACUGGAAAGUCUUCCUGGCUGGCUGAAUGCUGUGGUCUGGGGGCUCCUGCUUCUCUUCUGCCAAGUGCAGGGCCAGGACUCAGCCAGCCCCAUCAGAAACACGCACACGGGUCAAGUGAGAGGCAGUUUUGUCCAUGUGAAGGACACUAAAUCUGGUGUCCACACCUUCCUGGGAAUUCCCUUUGCCAAGCCUCCUAUAGGACCGCUGCGCUUUGCACCUCCUGAGCCACCUGAGCCAUGGAGUGGUGUGAGAGAUGGGACAUCCCACCCUGCCAUGUGUCUACAGAAUAUCGAUGGACUGAAUCUAGAAAAUCUGAAAAUUAAGAUGAGCAGGUCUCCUGUCUCUAUGUCUGAAGACUGCCUAUACCUCAGCAUCUACACACCAGCCCACACCCAUAAGGACUCUAAUCUGCCUGUGAUGGUAUGGAUCCAUGGAGGUGGGCUAUGUUGGGGCAUGGCUUCCACGUAUGAUGGAUCUAUGCUGGCAGCCAUUGAGGAUGUGGUGGUGGUCACUAUCCAGUACCGCCUAGGUAUCCUGGGCUUCUUCAGCACUGGAGAUGAACAUGCCAGAGGCAACUGGGGAUACCUAGACCAAGUGGCUGCCCUACGGUGGGUCCAGCAGAACAUCGUCCACUUUGGAGGCAACCCUGACCGGGUCACUAUUUUUGGAGAGUCAGCAGGUGGCAUAAGUGUGUCUUCACAUGUUGUGUCCCCCAUGUCCCAAGGGCUCUUCCAUGGUGCCAUCAUGGAGAGUGGAGUGGCACUACUACCUAACCUUAUCUCCAACACCUCUGAGGUGAUCUACACAAUGGUAGCCAACCUAUCUGGAUGUGAGCCUGUGGAUUCAGAGGCCUUGAUGAGCUGCCUACGAGAGAAGAGUGAAGAGGAAAUGCUGGCUAUUAACAAUAUCGUCAGGACCAUCUCUGGUGUGGUAGAUGGGAAGUUCUUACCCAGGCACCCCUUGGAGUUGUUGGCCUCUGUGGAUUUUCACCCUGUCCCCAGCAUCAUUGGUAUCAAUAGUGAUGAAUAUGGUUGGAUAAUUCCCAUGCUCCACCCUGAUAGCACCAUGAAGGAAAUAAACAGAGAGACCAUGCGGGCUGUUCUGAAGAACACAGCAGUACAGAUGAUGCUGCCUCCUGAGUGUAGUGAUUUGUUGAUGGAAGAGUACAUGGGGGACACUGAGGAUUCCAAGACUCUCCAAAUACAGUUCAAUGAGAUGAUGGGGGACUUCAUAUUUGUGAUUCCUGCUCUUCAAGUAGCACACUUUCAGCGUUCCCAUGCUCCUGUCUAUUUUUAUGAGUUCCAGCAUCAGUCCAACUUCCUGAAGGAUAUCAGGCCACCUCAUGUGAAGGCUGACCAUGGUGAUGAGCUUCCUUAUGUGAUUGGAUACUUAUUCUGGGACAUGAAAUUUGUCUUCACUGAGGAGGAGAAGCUGCUAAGCAGGAAGAUGAUAAAGUACUGGGCCAAUUUUGCACGUCACGGGAAUCCCAACAGUGAGGGUCUACCCUACUGGCCUGCAUUGGACCAUGAUGAGCAGUACCUGCAGCUGGACAUCCAGCCUGUUGUGGGCCGAGCCCUGAAGGCCAGAAGGCUGAAAUUCUGGACCAAGACUCUGCCCCAGAAGAUCCAAGAGCUAAAGGGUUCUCAGGACAAUCACACAGAGCUAUAAUGUCCUGUGUCAAGAAAACUGUGUAGACUUGAGUACAGGGUUUCUGAAGCCUCUAAAGUCUACACUUGAAUGGAUAUAUCACAUCUGUUGGAUGACCCUGCAAUUAAGGUUGAAGUCGACCAUGUCUAGAUAAGCUCUCUGAACCUGGUGCAAAAUGGAAGACUCCCUUUCUCAGUGGGGUUUCCUCUCCUUUGCCCAAUCUUAUCUGGAAAGUGUUCUAAGCACAAGUGCCUGACCUUAUCUAGAGAAUGGCCUUGCACAAAGCUUCCUGCAAGUGCCGCAAGGUUCAGCACAUACAUCCCACUCAGUCCUUCCCACCAUAUGAUAAUUAGGUACUGUUAUGACCAAUCAGCCACUCCUGCCUGUAACCCCAGAAAUCCUCUGAGGAAAGUCACAUAACUUAUGGCCAGAUUACAGAUUCAACUUCCUCUUUCAGGAUAUGAACUUGUCCAGCAGGUUCUUGGCAUAUUCCUCUUCAUGUAAAUGAAACAUUCCCACCCUAAUAAAUAAUCUACCUUCACCCUGGAAAUCCCUACCCACACCCCAAGAUCUACAUAGUGCU